AUGCUAAGAGUAUUUUCACCUACAGAUACAGAUUUUACGAGUAACGGGGAAGUGGGCAUAGUCCCACUCCUUGCCACUGUAAACAAGGUAGACAACGGAGACUACUUUUUAGACUUGGUAACUGAUAUUCAAUAUAUAGAUUAUAUUAAGCCUAAUAAUAUUGUAGUAGCUCCAACACCAACAGGAGAACAACCGUUUAGAAUAGUUACUGUCGAAAAUACAAGAAGUAGAAUAACCGCCAAGGCAUACCACCUAUACUACGAUACCAAUAAAUAUCUAAUAGCAGACAGUUACGUCGUAAACAACACUUGUAAUUAUGCCUUAGAUCAUUUAAACAGUGCUACAGACGAAGCAACACCUUUUACCACGCUCUCAGACGUUACGGGGUAUAACUCUUACCGUUGUGUAAGAAAAACCUUUAACGAAGCUAUUAACGAAGUCCUGGAACGUUGGGGUGGACACCUUGUUAGAGACGGAUACGACAUUAAAAUUCUCUCUUCCAUUGGUGCAGAUAACGGAGUAACUGUAAGAUAUGGUAAAAAUCUUAAGGACAUUUCCGUUAAAUACGACUGGUCUGCAGUCUGUACAAAGUUGUUACCCGUAGGAAAAGACGGUUUUACGCUUGACAACCUUUACGUUUUCUCAGACAUUCAGUAUGAAUUACCAUACACUAAGACUGUUUCUUUCCAACAGGAAGUAAACCAGGAAGACUACGAGAGCGAAGACCAAUACUUACAAGCACUGAGAGAAGAUCUAACACAACAAGCGAAAAAUUACUUAAAUGUUUACCAGUUUCCAGUUAUUAACUACACUCUUUCUGCAAAUAUUGAGAAAAUAACAGACAUUGGAGACGUUAUAGAGGUAAUUGACGAGAGAUUAGGAAUAAACGUAACUACACAAGUUAUGUCUUAUGUCUACGAUUGCGUUUUAGGACAAUAUAAUGAAGUCCAGUUUGGUAACACUGUACCAAGUUUAAACAACCUAAUACAAUCUAUUAGAAACGACAUUAAAGAGAAUAUCGAAGAGAACAAUACAACAAUUUCUAUUACGCUUAACGACAGAUUAUCUGAAAGCGAACAAAAAAUAAUGGGAAUUUUGGGUAAUUCUUACGUUAUUUAUAACGGAGAUAGCAUCUUAGUUGUUGACAGAUUACCGAAAGAAACCGCUACAAACGUAAUAAGGAUAAAUUCACAAGGCAUUGGGUUUAGUAACACUGGAAUUAGUGGUACUUUCAACAGUGCUUGGGAAAUUAACGGUACUUUCAACUGUCAAAGUGUGAAUUUAAUUAACCUAACUUCAGAUAUGAUAAAAGGCGGCACUUUAAAACUCGGUAGUAACUUAAAUCAGAAUGGUUUACUUGAAGUUUACGACAGUUCUAACAACCUUAUUACGGAACUCAACAAAGAUGGUUUAAAAAUGUACGGUAUAGACGGUUCAUACGUUAUUAUGAACAAUACUGUUGGUUUUGUGGGAUACGAUAGAAACGACACUCCCACUUUUUGGGUUAAUAGAGACGAGUUCCACCAGAAAAAAGCAGUUGUAGAAGACGAAAUAACCUUUAUGGAGCGUAUGCGUUUUAUUCCUAUACAGUUAUACGACGAUAACGACGAACUUAUUAACGACGGUGUGGGCAUUAUCUCAGUUAACGAAAACAAUGGGUUUAUUAAAUACAGAAUUGUUGUAACAGAAAAUAGCUAUGAUAGAGACACUAAUACAAGUGAAAUCAACGUAAAAGUACAAGCCUGGAGAACUAAUAGUGGUUACACCACUUCUGGUACGGGUACUUGUUACUGUACAAUUGACGGAACAAAGUAUACACAAAGUAUUUCAAGUUCACAAACUAUUACUUAUAACAGUUAUACUACGUUGUUAAACAAAACCGUAACAGUAGAACACGAACAAGACGGAAGUAAAACAGUUAACGUUUCUGCUUAUAUCAAGCACCAGAGAUUUAGUAGUAAUUCACAAGGUUUUAACGUAACAUUAACCACAAUUCCAAGACAAGCAAGUAUUAUUAGUAUUGCACCGUUUACCGACGUACAGAACCCCGUUAUUAACUAUGUUAACCCUUUAGGUGAAGAAGUAGACGAUCUUGUAACCGUUAUUACUGCUACUGAUAAUCACCCGUUAACACAACCAAGGGAACUUUCAAAAACGGGAGUUUCUUAUACGUUUGAACUUACAGACGAAGAAAAAGAAACCAUUUAUAACUAUUAUCCUAACGACAAGGAAACAACGCUUAAGUUCUGGAUAAAUACUUAUAUUGGUGGUACUUGGUAUCAGUCUACAUACGACGCUAACUUCACGAUUACAGAAGCUCUACCGACUAUUGGCACGAUUGCUUAUCACGAUAUAAACCCUACAACGGUUGCAGUUACGGAAGACGAUACAAAACUUGUACAGAACCAUUCUUUACCGUUGAUCGUGUUUGACAGUCUAACCGCCUUAAAGGGCGCUACACUUAACCAGGUAACAAUAAAUAUUGGCGGUAAUGUUUAUACUUUCGAAGUUUCUGGUACAAGUCAAUCUUCUUUUGGUUGCGAAAUUGGGGGAGUGUUAAACUUCAGUUCUAACGUAACUGCUAAUUGUACUUUAACAGACAGUAGAGGUUAUAACUCUUCCAAAACUGUAGAAUUAAGCAUAUUGGCAUACGAGAUACCCUCUUUAACUUACUCCGUAAGAAGACAUAAUAACUACUACUCAGACACGGACUUAUACGUUGACGCUAAGUAUAGUUCUUUAGGUGGUAAAAACCAAUUAAAAAUAUAUUACUGUUACAAGGAAGUUGACGGAGCUACACAACCUUGGGCAAGAAUAUACGAUAAGACACUAACAACAAUUACCCUGAAUAAUACCAAGCAAUUUUGGGUUUUAUUCCAAGCAUACGACAGUUUAAGCGUUUAUUCUGAGCAAUACGCAUUUUUCUUGGAUAGUGGUACGCCUAUUGCGUUUUUUGACCGCAAAAUGAAAUCAACGGGUUUUAACUGUUUCCCAACAGAAAAUAACCUUGUUGAAGUUGGCGGGGAACUCAAAGUACAAAAGGUUAAGCAAAGAUUAUGGGAUAACGCUAACCAACGUCUAAUUCUAAGUGGUGAAGAAAUACAGUUUACACUUGGACAAUUCGGAACACUCGGAGAACGUAACUACUGGAUAGAUUAUUACGGUACUUACAACGGAUAUAUUGAACAAUCACACGUUAAGAACAGUGGACCUGUUGAGUUAUGGAGUGGUAGUUUAUCAAGUGGUAGUGUUACUUUCGCAACUGGUAGUUACAAUUAUUAUUUAAUUCGUGGUAGAGUUUCGACAAAUGGUAACUAUGUUACAAUGCUAAUACCUAAGAUGGAAAUUACGGACACGGACACUGCUUACCAGUUGUCUAACGACGCUAACUUUAUUUCCUUCAGAUUAAAACACUCUGGAAACAAUCUUGUAAUGGCUUAUCAGAACAGAACUUCUGGUAGUACGUUUUUUAUAGAUAAAGUGUACGGGUGUUAUUAA